AUGAAACCCCACAAGCCAGGGUUUGGGAAUGGGAACGGGCAUGGAGCAGGGGCCUUCCCAGGUGCCGCAGCCCAACCAGGCUUUGGAGGGGGGGUGAAGCCCCAGAAGCCAGGAUAUGGAAAUGGACUGGGAGCGGGUGCCUUCCCAGGGCCGGGAGCCCAGCCAGGCCUGGGAGGGGGAAUGAAACCUCCGAAGCCCGGAUUCGGGAGCACAAAUGGUGUAGGAACCAGCACUUUCCCGGGGGCAGGAUCCCGGCCAGGCCUGGGAGGGGGGAUGAAACCUCAGAAGCCAGGCCCUGCCCCUCCACAUGGUGGCCAGGCACCAGGAGUCGGAGGGGGUGUGAAACCUCCGAAGCCAGGAUUUGGCAACGGGAAUAAGAUGGGAGCCAAGGCCUUCCCGGGAGUCGAAGCCCAGCCAGGUGGCGCAGCACAGAAUGGCUUUGGACCAGGCUAUGGAGGGAAUGGAAAGCCCCAGAAGCCAGGAUUCGGGAACGGGGCCCUCCCGGGAGCAGGAGCCCAGCCAGGUCUCGGAGGACUGAAACCUCAGAAGCCAGGCCCUGCAGCUCAAAACGGCUAUGGACCAGGCUUUGGAGCGGCUAUGAAACCCCAGAAGCCAGGCCCUGCAGCUCAGAAUGGCUAUGGACCAGGCUUUGGAGCAGCUAUGAAACCCCAGAAGCCAGGAUAUGGUAAUGGAAAUGGACUGGGAGCCCCAGCAGGCCCUGCAGCUCAGAAUGGCUAUGGACCAGGCUUUGGAGCGGCUAUGAAACCCCAGAAGCCAGGCCCAGCAACCCAGAACGGAUUUGGAGCAGGCUUUGGGGGGGGCAUGAAGCCCCAGAAGCCAGGAUAUGGUAGUGGAAAUGGACUGGGAGCCCCAGCAGGCCCUGCAGCUCAGAAUGGCUAUGGACCAGGCUUUGGAGCGGGUAUGAAACCCCAGAAGCCAGGCAUUGGUGAGGGCAUGAAGCCUCAGAAGCCAGGCCUAGCAGGGGGCAUGAGCCCUCCAAAGCCAGGAUACACACCAGGAAACGGGCUCCCGCCUGGUCUGGAAGGGGGUGUGAAACCUCAGAAGCCAGGAUAUGGCAGCAGAAACGGGCUGGGGGCCCAGGCAGGUCCCUGCCAUGGGCUUCCCACUCCAGGAGGCCCUUCUGACAAAGCAGGUGGCUGGGGCUCCAAAGCCCAGCCCCCCGCCCCAGCGCAGAACGGCAAGUUCCCAGCACCGACACCAGCCAUCCAGUGGGGACUGAAGCCUCAGAAAGCAGGGUACCACCCUUCAAACGGCUACGGACCAGGAGCAGAACUGGGCUUUGGUGAUGGCCUCAAACCUCAGAAAGUUGGUUUUAGUUACGGGAAUGGUGGUCUGGGAGCUGGGAUCUUCACCGAGGCCCUCCUGCAGCCAGGGUUCCCUGGGGCCAAUGGCUUUAGAAACGGGUAUGGCGAGGAAGCGCUGGUGUACCCCAAAGCCGCAGCUCCAGCCUCUGAAGGAAAUGGUCAGACUGAGGCUUUGAGGGGCUCUCCUUGGCCCUCCCUCCAGCCUUGGGGGGCUGCCUGGAAGCCUGGAUAUGGGGCCGGAGGUGCAUAUCCAGGGGUCGAAAGCCAGCCAGGGCCCUAUGAGCAGCUGAGGCCAGAGCUGGGCCCCAGACCCUUUGGAGGCCCUGAGGUGAAGCGAGGCAGCAGUGGGCCGCUGGAAAAUGGCUAUGGAGGCCACUGCCCUUUUGGGAAAUGCUGAGCCCCUGAGCUGAUCCACGGUCAUCCUGAGAGGCUGGUCUGCUUGGCAAGGACGGCCAGACCCUUGGGCUUGGUCUCUGGCCUGGGGUCUCCUACGAGCUGGAAGUAUUAAUAAAGGCGAUGUGCUUCUCUGUUUGC